GCAUAGUGCUAAAAAAAAGACAAAUUGCCUCUAAAAAAAUACACUGCACUUCGUAUGAAACCAGAAAACAGACAAACGAGCGAGGCCCAUUUCCGCGUUUUGAAAUAAACUACAACUACCAUGAAUCUACCGAGCCGGAAAAGCUACACGUCUCGUUCAGACGCCGGAGUUUGAGUUGAGACCGAAGACCUUCCUCCACUGAAACACCAACAUGUUCCUCUCGGUUAUUCGCCCCAACAAGUGACCCGGGUUGUUUAUUUUACCGACUGCACAUUCUCACCAUGGGGACUGCGUUCGCCGUGGUCCUUGUUUUUGUCGGAUGUUGUAGCAACGUGGUGUCCCUGGAGCUGCUGGUCAGAGAGUUUCCAGGAUGCGGCAACAUAGUCACCUUUGCUCAGUUCAUCUUUAUCGCCUUAGAAGGUUUCAUAUUCGAAACUAAAUUUGGGAGAAAGAAACCAGCGAUUCCAGUAAGUAACUAUGUCAUUAUGGUGACCAUGUUCUUCACCGUCAGCGUGAUCAACAACUACGCUCUCAACUUUAAUAUCGCCAUGCCGCUACACAUGAUCUUCAGAUCGGGAUCGCUAAUAGCCAACAUGAUCCUGGGAAUAAUCCUCCUGAAGAAGAGGUAUUCAGCCAGCAAAUAUCUGUCUAUCGUUUUAGUUUCCACCGGCAUCUUCAUCUGCACCAUCAUGUCAGCCAAGCAAGUGCAUGAUGUGUCCAGCGAUGGAUCAGGAGAGCAAGGCUUUUAUGCCUUUAUGCGCUGGCUUGUUGGCAUCGCCAUGUUGACCUUUGCUCUGCUGAUGUCGGCGAGGAUGGGCAUUUUCCAGGAGACGCUCUACAAGCAGUACGGGAAGCACUCGAAGGAGGCGCUCUUCUAUAACCACUUCCUGCCUCUGCCCGGUUUCCUGCUCCUGUCCACUGACAUCUACAACCACUGCAACCUCUUCAGUCAAAGCACUCCCGUUGUUGUUCCUGUGGUUGGGCUGACCAUGCCGAUAAUGUGGCUCUACCUGCUGGUCAAUGUCAUCACACAGUAUGUGUGCAUCCGCGGCGUCUUCAUCCUGACCACCGAGUGCCCUUCGCUGACCGUCACCCUGGUGGUGACCCUCAGGAAGUUCUUCAGCCUCAUCUUCUCCAUCCUCUACUUCCAGAACCCCUUCACCGCCUGGCACUGGGUGGGCACAGCCGUGGUCUUCGUCGGCACCCUGCUGUACACGGAGGUUUGGAGCAGCGUGCGGCCGGCCCAGGCCAAGGACAAGAAGACGGAGUGACGAAGGCAAAUCUACCCCCUCGGUCAAAUUUGGAUAGUUUUUAAAUCUCCUGCUGUAGUUUUAUAAGGUUAUUGUUUUCACACUUGACCCCACAUGAUAUGAUUGUUCAAGUUGUGCUCACUGGCCACUUUAUUAGUUACACCCUGCUUGUACUGCAUUGGACCUCUCUUUUUUUUCUUCUCUCCCUCAAGAACUCCUAAUUCUCCCAGAUGCUGCAGAUUUGUCGACUGCACAUCCAUGAUGCCCAUCUCUGGUUUUACCACAUCCCAAAGGUUCUCUGUUGGAAUGAGGUCAACAGACCAAUUUUUAUUGUGACAGGCCUAUGGCUGUGCUCAGUUUUUAUUAAAGUCUAAAGUAUGCCAAGAAAAUACCACCCGACCCAUCCUGCAUAUAUAGGCAGUCUGAGCUGUGCACAUAUGCAUUUGAAACAAGCGUUUACUUUCUACCGUCUUUAACCAGCGUCACCUUCUAACAUUAACAAGGCCAACAACCAACUGUGCCACAUCCAAGUUUCAAUUUUCUUUAUUCUAAUGCUCAGCUUGAACUUCUACGUUAUCCUCACCACGUCUAGAUUGAUGCAUUGAGUGGCUGCCAUGCGAUUGGCUCAUUUGCCAUUUGUGGUAACAAGCAAUGGAACUGUUGUAGCUAAUAAAGGGGCCGUGGCAUUUAUAUUCUGUCCAUUUCCAGAGAACAUGGAGGCGUAUAGACUUUAUUGACUUAUGUUGCACUUGGGAAAAUGUAUUAGUUGUUUAGUUCUCAGCUUGUGGGUGUUAUUCAGGUCUAGAUCUGAGCUGAAAAGCAAUGCAUUAGUUGGCUAUACGUGCAAUUCUGCAAGUAAAAGGAUAUUGCAUAAAGCUUUAAAGCAGGUCCAGUAGAGGAGUUGGACCAGCAGUUUAAACUAAACUGCAUUGUAUUUCAGCCUUGUGGAGGUUCGUACCCCCGUCUCAUUAAAGUUUAGAUCUUUCUGCCUCAGAAGUUUCCAGAUCUGUAGCACUCCUCCAUACACUCCAUUCUCACCCUGUUCUCCCCAUAAUAAGUGCUUAGACCCGACUGUGUAACUUUUUAGGUUAGUGUGAUUUGACUAGUCAACAUGUCUCAGUGCAAUACUGAUGCAUGGUGUGCACAGUGCUACAGCCUACAUCAGACUUUGGCUGUACGAUUCCCAACCAACAUUUCCAUAUUGGAUCCGUGCUGUUUGGAGCGAUCUUAAAAAUGAGCCCCAGAUGAGUUCGUCCACGGAUUACAUAAUGAUCCCAAAUUAAAUGCUGACAUGGAUUAUCCAUGUCAACUCUGGGUGAGAAGUGGGAAGCAUAUUGGUGCAAGAUGUGAUGCAUAAUUUGAUUUUCUUGAACCCCGGACACCUCCUACAAAUGGUGUAGGUUGCAUUUUGUCAACCCAAUGUCCCAAGCAAGGAGUCCAUUUCGAACCUGUAGGGGCCCACAGACGCGUUGGCUCGGAUGAAACCAUUUCAUCCAAUAUUUUGGAUUUAUUUUCAUGAAAUUUGUUGGCCAAAAAAAA